CGCUGUGUGAGCUUAGCUAGCUUGACCGCGUGUGUCUCCUCCCGGAUGAAUGAAUGACAUCAUGCGAGCUGCUGCUGUCUGUCUGCGACGUGACGCCGUCACACAGUAACGGUUAGAGGUCCGUGGAAAAGCGGCCGUUAACCUGCACGCGGAGGUGUAGAGUGAUGCAGCAGAAGUUGUGUUCCAGAGGUUCUGGUUCUUUCCUCUCGGAGAGGAACGGCCAGGCCUGCGGCUCCGUCACUUCCUGCGACCUCCCCUUCCGCUGCCCCCGCUGCGGCGAGCAGGAGCGCUUCCGCAGUCUGGCCUCGCUCCGCGCCCACCUGGAGUACCAACACUCAUACCGCUCGCCGGACGUGAUCACCGGCGGCUUCAGCAUCACCGGCAAACUCCCCGACCCGUUGACGGCGGCGAUCCCCUGGCACGACAUGAGCCUCCCGACCCGCAGGGGGCAGCACAGCUCGGGGCGGCCGCCUCACGUCCGCUCCCUCAGCGACAGCAGAGACAGCAGUUACCUCCACUCCUACAGCUCCGUGAGGAGACGCACCCAGAGCGUCGGGGUGGGGACGCAGGCGGACGAGGGGGAGGAGGAAGAGGAUGACGAAGAGGAAGGCGGGACAGAAGAUGAAGAUGUGGGAGAAGAGGAGGACGAGGAGGAGGCAGGUGAAGAGCGAGAUGGAGGUAGAAAUGAGGAGGAUGUCAAAACGUCCACAAAAAAGUCAGACGCAGGCUACCAUCACCUCAACCACCAUCACCUCCCGUUCCCCCCUUUGGCUCCUGUAGGCCCCCCUCUAGACCCGGACCUGGACCUGGACCUGGUCGAGCAGACCUCGUACUCCGGUUUGGAGACGGCAGCAGCCUCGGCCGCCGUGCGUCGGAGACUGGCCAGCAUCCUGCGGGCGGCCGACAGCACCAUGCAGCGCCGGCUGGCCAAGGUGAGCACGGAGCUCGCCCAGACCGACACGGAGCUCCUGUGUGAGCGCGCUCACUCGCAGCACCUGGCCCAGGAGAGGCAGGAAGUUGCCGAGAGGGAGAGGUCACUGAGCCGGCAGGUGGACGUGGCGGUCAUGGUGAUCGCCGCGUUGAGGGAGCAGCUCAACGCCUCAGAGAAUGAGCUGGAACGACGAGAGAGGGAGGUGAUAACCAUCCAAAAGUUUCUGGAAGCAGCAGCGCGACAAGAGACGUGCGGUAAAGUUCGAAUCCAGCAGUUCAUCGAGAACCUGCUGAGACGCAUCGCUCUGGCCGAGAGACUGGUGGAGUAUUACCAGGUCAACAGCAGCCCGCAGCAGUGCAACCACUACAAGCACCAGCAGCCAACUGAUAAUGGACCUCACAAAAUCACUAAAAGCAGGUCAGCGGGAGGUCAGCUGUCCUCGUCCGGUCUGCAUGACAGCAGAAGCCGCUCCUCCUCUCAUUUCGGCGGCCGCCCACCAUUCUCCAAAACGGGCGGGGAACGAGACCGGGAGCGGGAGCAUCGGGAGCGGCUGGCCCAGUCCUCGAGGCUGUUCUGUCGACCCGAGCACAGAGACGACAUCUGGAACCACCAGCGCCGCCGGUCCGCCGGGUAGGCUUUUCUGUUUUGGGUGCACACGAGAGAGCCCGGUGUGGGCGGAGAUAAUGAGCAGACUGCAGCGCACACAGAGAAGAGAUCGACACACUCCCUUUUCUCUGUUUAUUAAAUCGCACACUUUUUGCGGUUAUGCAAUCGCACAUGACGACAUCGCGAUUAGAUUAAUCGUGCAGCCCUAACACUGAUAUAAAGAAACAAAUGUGUUCACCACAAAGUUUGAAAACUUGGUGAGAAGUUAUUAUGUCCUGCAGACUCUCUUCAUGAUGAUUUUCUGGUUAGUAAAUAACUAACUUGAUUUUCUAAGUUAGUCGAUCUUAUUUAAAUUUCUAAUUGGCAGUUGUAAAUUCUAGACAAUAGACCUGGCAGGCACCCUGAACAGCAGUUGUGUCAAUCGUGAUUUAUUCCAAAUUUAUUGGAAGUGCACUUUUAUUGUAAAGCCAAAUGGUGUACUGUAACAAACCAAGUCAGAUUCACUGAUUGAUCUUGCAGUUUCAGUAACACCUGAUAUUGCAUGUUAAAUUGAAUAUCUCUUUAGCAUCAGCCAUUGUUUUAUUUAUAUGACUUCAAAGGCCAUAUCAGUUUACUCCCCACUGCUUCUAACCACAUAAAAACUGAUCCAGAUACAUUUGGUCAAACCGCCCACGGAGUAUUUGUGAGAUCCACGUGUGAUCAGACUCCUGAGUCCUUUAGCACUUUGUGAAUUUCGGCACUGAUGAUCUAAGCACAAGUGUUGCUGCUGCUGUCGACUAAAACCCCAUCUCUUUUUACUUCUCUAACUGAAAGAAACAAGAACCAGUUUAUGUAGAUACUGUAUGUAACAACAGCAUUAAAUAUUUAUUUCGUUUGUUUUUCAGUUUGAAUGAGCCCUAGAGUCACUUGUGGUUUAUUUUUCCUAAUGGGGUUUAUGACAAAUGAAAGCGCGUCGGUCCAGACUUUCGGUCAGACAUUCAUGAUGAAAACCGACUUAUUUCGACUUCUGGAGGUUCUAGUUUUUGUUUCUGAUUUUAGAAGGACUUUUUCUUUUUUUUUAAUGUGAGAAUGCAUCGCUCUGUGUAAUGCCUGGUGCACAUGAGAGGGAUUUUCAAACCGGUCAGCUCGCUCUUAUUGGCUGUUGAGAGUUUCUGAUCAGAGGCUCCCGUAUUUCAUAUCGCAAGUAUCAAGCGUAGAUAUUUACGAUUCAAGAUCCACUGCAAACCCCAUCCAUUCCUCUUCCCUGCAAACUUCUGCCCGAAGCGCCACGACUCCCUAACAAAUAAUACAUACAGUAUUUUGCGGCGUGGAUAUAGAUUGUCUGCGCCCUGUCAAUGCCAGCAAACUUGGCUAACUUUAGUUAGCAUGGCUGCCCUGCAAAUAUAAUCGGGGAAACAUGUUUGAUAUUUACAAUGUCCAGUUGGCGACCUUACGAUUAUGUCUGUAAACUCCUCACACUAACGAUUAUUUUCAUAAUCGAUUAGUCUGUGGAUCAUUUUUAUGAUUAAUGAAAUCAGUCGUUUGGUCCAUAAAAUGUCACAAAGUGCUGAAAAAUGGAGAUCAGUGUUUCCCAAAAUCCAAGAUGACAUCCUCAAAUAUCUUGUUUUGUCCACAACCCAACGAUAUUCAGUUUACUUUCAUAGAGGACAAAACAAGCCGGAAGAUUUUUACAUUUGAGGAACUUUAAAUCAGAGAAUUUUCUUAAGAAUUUACUCAAAACUAUUAAUCGAUUAUCAAAAUAGUUUAUUGGGUUACUACCAAUCGAUUUAUCGACUAAUUGUUGCAGCUCUCCUCACACUACAGGAUCAUUUGGGCCGAUAAUAUGUUCCGACCAGCCUCUGCGAUUAUUGGGAGCGGCGAAUUGGACCCAAAAUCAGUCAAAUUAUAAUUUUUAAUACAACCUGACCUUAGAUAAAACCACCAAAUCAAUGAAACUCCAGUUAUUGGGUUUUUUAUGCACACAGCAGCAUCACUUGUGAAAGAUGUGUGUGUGGAGGAGUGUGUGUAUUUCCUGUUGUGUGUUGAAGGUGCUCAGUCAUUGGAAAGGUGGUGGAAGAUGCAUGAAGCCUCAAAUAUACUCGGGGGCGGACAGCCGUGAGCCCCACGUUCCACACAUGCGCGGUAGAUCGGUUGUUGCCCUGGUAGCGCUAGUGGUCACGCGGAUGUCCGCACAGACCCGACGCGUGCCCCCUCUUUUUUCUUCACGCGGACCCUCGCGGAUGCGUAAAAGUAUAAUCCAUGCAUGAGGCAGCCCUACUACUACCACUACUACAUAUGUAGCUGUUGUGUUACUGUGAAAGCAUGCUUCAUAUGUAGCAACGUAUAAAAUACUGUUAUCUUGUACUACUAUGUGUACUUUUGUAGCAGAGCGAGGUCUAUUUUAUUGGUAAUUUAAUGGUGAAGGAACGUUGCACUAAACCAACCCAGAGCACUUAGCCUGGAGCUGUUGGAUUUCAUAUGGAGGGAGUGUUGUGUACCUGGACAAUCAGCAGGGUUCAUGCACGGGUUUGGAAAAGUCUGGAAAAUUAAUUUUUGUAACUUCUGUGUUUUUGAAAUGUUUUGGUAAAACGUGCAAGAGCUCUGAAACUGAGAGAGAAAAAGCUUGAAGUAGGUGAAAACAUAUCCAAACAAGUAUCCUAUCCGGAGUUAAUGUUAGUUUUAUUAUGACACUACUACCUUUCUCGCCGUGAGUCGGUAGAGAUAAAGUUAGUUUUAUGUUGUGUGUUUCCCGGCGCCAAGUUCGAAAUCCUUGAGUUCGUCAUGUUUGUCUGUAGGGAUUUCGUUUGCAGAAGUGAUCUCUAGUUUUGUGCCUUCACUCAAAAACUCUGUAGUCUGUAUAACACUGUGCAAAAUGCAAUACUGUGAAGAACUGGAAUACUUUUUAUGUUGAAACUCGUUGGUCUGUGUGAUUAACCAUUGAAGAUUAAAGAUGCAAACGUGA